UGUAGCCGGUCGCUGCGGGCCGCGAUUGCCAAGGACUCGGAGGAGGUGCGGCCCGGCGGGGUGGCCCCCCUCCGCCGCCGCGGAUGUCGGAUUGUGGGAUUUCCAGAAGAAAAGAUCAAAGAGGAUCCUCAAGGAUAGAUUCUUUUUCUGAGUAGUUUAGCCUAAAAUGGCCACAACCUCGGUCCUUCGGGCUCCAGAAAUGCAGGAAGGACAUCCGGCAGUAAAGGUGGAAGAGGAAGAGGGGGCCUGUGCCUCUGGGCAGGAGUCUGGCCCGCCGAGAGACCACCCUCACACCAGAGAGCUCUUUCGUAGACGCUUCAGGCACUUCUGCUACCAGGAGACCCCCGGGCCCCGCGAGGCGCUGCACCAGCUCCGGGAGCUGUGCCGCCAGUGGCUGAGCCCGGAAACACGCACCAAGGAGCAGAUCCUAGAGCUGCUGGUGCUGGAGCAGUUCCUGACCAUCCUGCCCGCGGAGCUCCAGGCCUGGGUGCGGGAGCAGCACCCGGAGAGCGGGGAGCAGGCGGUGGCCGCGCUGGAGGACCUGGAGAGGGAGCUGGACGAGCCGGGAGAGCAGGUGGAAGAGGGGGGACCAGAGGUCCCAGCCUGUGCCUGUGAACGGGAAGCGUCAGUGCAGGAGGAGGCAGGCCGGGGAGCAGCCCAGCCCUCGUCCAGCGGCCGCCUCCCAACCGAGGAGGAGCCGCGUCAGUGCCGUUCGAGGCAGGGGUGCUCGCUGCGGGAGAUCGGGGAUGAGACUGGGGCGUGGAAGGUGCAGUCAGCCCCGAAGAGGGAGCUCUCUAAAGAAAAGAAAUGUCUGGUGGAAGCUUCUGAGAAACUGAACGGCGAUACCCUUCAGAUGGCUGGGUGUGCAGACGAGUGUGAGAGGCCGCGGGCCGGCUCCUCGGCGGAGAGACCCUACGGCUGUGCCGAGUGUGGGAAGAGCUUCACCCAGAACGCCAUCCUGAUCGAGCACCAGAGGACCCACACUGGGGAGAGGCCCUACGGCUGUGCCGCGUGCGGGCGGGCCUUCAGCCAGCGCUCGGGCCUGUUCCAGCACCAGAGGCUCCACACUGGCGAGAAGCGCUACCAGUGCGCCGUCUGUGGCAAAGCGUUCAGCCAGAACGCGGGGCUCUUCCACCACCUCCGGAUCCACACGGGGGAGAGGCCCUUCCAGUGCAGCCAGUGCAGGAAGAGCUUCAGCCGGCGCUCUGUCCUCAUCAAGCAUCAGCGAAUUCACACUGGAGAAAGGCCUUACGAGUGUGAAGACUGUGGCAAGAACUUCAUUUAUCACUGCAACCUCGUCCAGCAUCGGAAGGUCCACCCUGGGGCGAGCGCUGCUGGCCCCCUGCAGCAGGCGCACAGAAGCAAGGGCACGAGGAUAAGGGAGUGAGGAAAAGAAGAGAGAGUCAAAGGGUGAGGACGGAGGAGCAACAUGAGCGGUGCCCGUAUUGCCACUUUAUUCCUCACAGGCAAGUAGUUUUCUACCGACAGCGACAGCUGUAACAAUCCUGGAGGAUUGCCAAAGCUUGAAGGACAUUAACAUAAUUCUAACUCAAGAAGCAUGAAGGACAUUUGUACAAUCAACAUUUUAGGUGAUUCAACCUCUGAGAAACUGGGGGCAGCUGCAAGGGUUGUAAGGGCACGAGAACUUUGGCUCAAUUGCACUCUCCCUACUGGCUCCUUGCUGCUGCUUCCCACAUACUUUUGAGUAUAGUACAAUUGACCUUGAACAACAUGGGAUUAGGGGUGUUGAUCCCCUACACAGUCAAAAUCUGAGUAUAACUUGACCCCCAAACCCUUAACCACCAAGAGCCUACUAUUGACCAGAAGACUUGCUGAUAACCUAAAGAACUGAACGCAUAUUUUGUAUGUUACAUGCAUUAUGUACUGGAUAUAAAUAAAAUGUAAUUUUUAAAAAAGUUAUCCCUACCCCCCUAAUGUAGAGCUCAAACUCAGGACCCUAAGAUCAAGAGUCAUACUGCAUGUGAAAAUUUGUGGAGAUAAGCUAAGGUUCUGAAUGAUAUCUUCCUUUAGAGAGGAUUUACUUUUGCUUAUACAGGCAUUUAAGAAUACGGAUGGGGGCACCUGGGGGGCUCAGUGGGUUAAGGGUCGACUCCUGAUUUUGGCUCAGGUU